AUGGAAGGAUUUUUGCAAAUGUUAAGUUUAAAAUUGCCUGAACAAAAUUCGCAAUUAACUACUGAUCCGUCUGAACAUGAUAAACUUUGCACUGAAAUAUGUGAAAUAGCAACUUUAUUUUCACAGCGAUUUGAAGAUUGUUUUGUUCCUUAUACUCAACGAUUUAUGGGCACAGUUUGGAAUCUUCUAGUAUUUGCUGAUGGAAAAAUUCGAUUUGAUGCAUUAGUUAAUUCUGCAUUGGGUUUUCUUGCUGCUAUCUGCCAACGUCCACAAUAUGUUCCAUAUUUCCGGGAUGAGGGCGUAUUAAAGGCAAUUUGUGACAAUGUUAUUGUAAAGAAUUUAACUCUACGCCCAGAAGACUUUGAAAUUUUUGAAAAUGAACCUUUUGAAUUUUUGAAACGGGAUAUUGAAGGUUCUGAUUUGGAAACUAGACGGCGCGGUGCAUUUGAAUUUGUGCAGGCCCUAUGUAAACAUUUUGACAACGAAUUGUGUGCUCUUCUCUCGAAUGUCAUUCAGGAUUUUCUCGAAAAAUACAAACAAAAUCCUGCCCAAAAUUUCGUCUUUAAAGAUCUUGUUUAUUUUUUGGUCAGUGCACUCGCAUCGAAAGGGUCUACAACACGAAGUGGAGCAACUGAAACUCGUCAAUUGAUUGAUUUAAACCAUUUUUAUCAACAAAAUGUCCGACCUGAUUUGCUCUUUGGUUCAAUAAAUGAAUUGCCAAUUUUACGUUGUGAUGCACUUAAAUAUUUAGUGCUCUUUCGCAAUCAACUCAGUACUGAUCAAAUUAUUGAAUGUUUUCUUGGAGAAAAUUGUCAAUUUGAAACUUCAAUAUUUCGUUUUCUUUCUUCUAACCAUUUUAUAUUACAUCAUUAUGUAGCUUAUGCAAUUGAACGUUUAAUUCUAAUGCGAGUACAAAACUCUAAGGAUUUAUUGUUUACGGCUUCAAAUUUUCAACUUUCAUUGGUUAUUGAUAGACUUUUUAAUUGUUUAAAUUCUCCACAAGGAUAUGAGACUCAUUAUAUUAUGAAAGCUUUGAUGCGAUUAUUUGUUGUUAUGGAUGAUGAAUUGUCACGUUCCAGUGCGCAUAUUUACUUAGGCAAACUCUCCCAAAUUGUUGCUGACGCUAUACGAGUACCCAAAAAUCCUGUACUUGUUCAUUUUCUUUUUGAAUCAAUUUGUGUUAUAAUUAGAAAGGCUUAUGUCAAAGUUGAAGGAGGCGUGGAUAAAUAUAUUAUUCCAAUGGUUGAGUCAAUAAUUCAAAAUGAUGUUGCUGAAUUUAAACCUUAUGCUUUUCAGCUUAUUGCUCUUUUACUUGAUCAAUGUCAACAAGAACGUGAGAAAAACGUUACAGUGAGCCAAGAUGCUUAUAUUGCUUUCUUCCCCUCACUUUUACGUCCUGACUUUUGGGCACGUUCGGCAAAUGUUCCUGCUUUGAUUUUAGUUUUUGAGUCUUUUAUUCGUUGUCUGCCACAGCUUCCUUUUGGUUCUGAAUAUUCUGAUCAAGUUUUGGCAAUUUUUCAGCGUCUCAUUGCUUCAAAAGCUUAUGAUCAACAAGGAUUUCGUUUAGCAAAUGCUUUGCUUCCACAUUUGGAUGCAUACGAAAAAAUGACCAGCAGUGCUGUUUUUCUUGCCAUGUUAAAUCGAAUGCAUCAAAACAAGACAGCUAAAUUCUCAAAACAAUUCACCAUUUUUAUAUUUCGUUAUUCUGCUAUAAAAGGAGGAUUGGCAUUGGCAAAUAGUCUUGAACAAAUUCAAACGGGUAUUUAUAAUAUGAUUGUGGAGAGAAUACUUUUGGUCGAAUUAAAAGGAAUGCCACAGACUACAACAUAUGAGGAGAAAAGAAUUAUUGUUAUUGGCGCAGCUAGAUUAAUUUCUGAAACAAUUCAAGUACUUGGGAACAAUUAUUCUUUGAUAAUUGAAGUUAUUGUUAAUUUACUUGAGGCUUUUGAACACAAACCUAAAUCGUUAGAUACUGAAGUGCCUGAAGAUGGAGAAGUAAACGAUAUGGAAUAUAAUGAUCCUUACUGUAAAUUAAUGAAUGCCCAGCACAAUGAACCUUUUGCUGCUGAAGUGAUUAAUAUUAAAAAGCACUUUGCACAGGCAGUCUUUAUGGCUACUCAAAGCAAUCCUGAAAGUUUGGGAUGUCUGAAUGCGCGUUUAUUAAGCUGUCUUCGUGCCUAUUCGGCAAUGAUUUAAAAAAGAAUAAUUGAAUUGCAUAUUUACUUUACAAUUUUCUUGUUUAUAGUAUUAGACUGGAACGAAAUUUCAACAUAAUUUUUAAACAAUAUUUGAGAUUAUUUACGAGUUUUUUUUGAUAUUUUAUAUUUAUUUUUGCGAUUUU